GUCAUCGCUGAUGCCUCCCUGCGGUGUCACACUCCUUUAACGCCGACCGACGGUUGCUCUUUACCGGCCGCUAAAACUACACCAAAGUGCUGUACUUCCAAGAGGACUUUUCCCUCUAAAAAUGUGGACUACCGAGCGAUAAAUCAAAUAGCGAAGCGCCACCUCUGCCGCGGGGAAAUGCAGGACGACAGCGGCAAAGCAGCACCCGGGAGCCCCACUGUAGCCAGUACAAACACAUCGCAGAAUUCAGGACAUUUGAACGGAUAUACCGUUUCUCAAAAUGGCCACAACCCGACAGCUACACCUGUGCUGCAGUCACAGUUUGAAUCCAGACCUCCAAGUCCUGCACCCACUCCAACCCCAGCUGUCCCGAGGGAGCAGUGGGGAGGGAAGUAUGAGUUCCUGCUCUCCUGUAUUGGAUACUGUGUGGGACUGGGGAACGUGUGGCGGUUCCCCUAUCUUUGUUACCGCAAUGGAGGAGGCGUGUUUCUCAUCCCCUACUUCAUUAUGCUCUUUGUUACGGGUGUUCCACUGUUUCUCAUGGAGCUGAGUUUAGGCCAGUAUGGAGCGGCUGGCCCCAUCACUGUGUGGAAAUGCUGCCCUCUACUCAAAGGUAUUGGCAUUGGGAUGCUCUGUGUGUCCACGCUGGUGUGUCUCUACUAUAACGUCAUCAUAGCGUGGACGUUUUACUACCUGGGCAGCUCCUUCCAGAGCCCUCUGCCCUGGUCCUGUGAUGCUAUAGCUAAUGCAGGUAUCUGUAACAGCACUGGGAAUAGCUCCACUGGUAAAACCCUCAGCCCCACAGAAAUCUUCUGGAAUGAGCGAGUGCUGGGGGUAGUAAACAGUGAGGGCCUUCAUGACCCGGGCCGUGUCCGGUGGCCCCUGGCCCUGUGCCUCCUGGCCUCCUGGAUCAUCAUAUUCCUGUGUAUGCUCAAGGGCAUCCGCAGCUCUGGCAAGGUGGUUUAUGUCACAGCCACCUUCCCAUAUUUUGUGCUCAUCGUUCUGAUCAUCAGAGGUGCUACACUGGAGGGCUCUCUUCAAGGUGUUGCUUUCUACCUCACACCAGACUGGAACCGAUUAGCUAAUGCACAGGUGUGGAAUGACGCAGCCUCACAGAUUUUCUACUCCUUAGGCAUUGGAGUUGGAGGGUUGCUUUCUAUGGCCUCUUACAAUAAGUUUGACAACAACGUGAUCAGGGACACUCUGAUUAUCACAACAGGAAACUGCAGCACCAGCUUCUUUUCAGGAUUUGCUAUAUUCUCAAUCCUGGGUCACAUGGCAUGGAGGAAGGGAGUGCCUGUUGGAGAGGUGGCAGAUACAGGUCCUGGUUUGGCCUUUGUUGCUUACCCAGAAGCCCUUGCUCUACUGCCAGGCUCAGUGUUCUGGUCCAUCCUGUUCUUCCUCAUGCUCUUUAUGCUGGGGAUUGAUACACUGUUUGGCAACAUGGAGGGCAUCACCACUGCUGUGCUGGACGAGUUUCCACAGCUCAGACAAAACACGCUGCACAAGUCCUUGUUCCUGGGCACGCUGUGUCUUUGCUUCUACCUUUUGGGUCUCUUGUUAGUGACUGAUGGAGGGAUUUACUGGUUCACUCUCAUUGACUCCUUCAGCACUAGUUUCGGCCUCAUCAUCAUCACCCUCUUCAUGUGCAUUGGCAUCUCCUUCUUCUAUGGGGUCAACCAGUUUUGUCAAGACAUUAUUGAUAUGAUCCGCCACUGCCCUCCCUGGUGCAGCAAAGUUCUGCUCUACUUCAAAGCGUGUUGGGUUUUCUUCACUCCGUUUCUUCUGCUGUUCAUCCUGACGUACAUCUUCAUUGAGAUGUACAACACAUCACUCCACUACGGGUCCUAUGUGUACCCACGGUGGGGUAAAGCGCUGGGCGUGUGCAUGGGUGCGACCUGCUGUCUGCAGAUUCUCAUCUGGGCCAUUGUGGCCAUCUGCAAGGAAACUGGAACACUGAAAGACCGCUUUCAGAAAGCGAUUCGACCUCUGAAUUCCUGGAGAGUGAACAAUUUGAACAGCAUGGGGAGAGUACAGGAGCGCGUGGAGCCGGAGAGAGUGGAGGCUCCGUUCACUGUCACGCUCACAGACAUGGACUUCACUGCAAUGACGUGGGAGGCGGGAAGCCAGGCGUGACAGCAUGGAGAGCAGUGAUGAACGCACAGUGAUAUGUUGUCAAGAGAAAGAGGAAUUUAUCAUUAUGUCAUUUGCCCCAGCUAGGCUCUGGUGGCCGUGUCUGUGUGUCCUGCAGGGCAGUGUGGAUGAAUUGCUUUAUUUAUACUAUUAUGUAUGAUUGAAUAGUAUUUUUUAACUUUUUUUUACAUUAUGUAGAAUAUAAGGAAAGUUUGGAUUAUCCUCGUCUUACUUUUGGAUGAGCGUAAUUCUGAUAAUAAUUACUGUCAUAGUAGUGCAGAACAAUGAAUUUUCCUCUUCCAGCAGUCAACAGCGGCUGGGGCACUACAUUUUGUUUAUGUCUUGACUCUUAACUGUUACCCACCACACCAUUGACCUGGAGAGGUGACCACGAUUCAUCAGCCCACCAGUGUAAAAGGUGCUGAUGACACAGCCUCACAGAGUCAGGAAUACUUUUAAUUCAUUUUACUUUUUAACAUGAACGUUUGCAGGAAAAAAAUAAUUAUUGCGAGAAUAAAUAAAUACAUGUAAAAAUAGCUUGCCAAAUGAACUAUUUUUCAAGGUACUGUCCAUGUCUAAGAUUUCUUGUGUGACUGUCUACAUGUCAAAUGAACAGUUCCUGCAGAUAUCUGCAAAAAAUGUAGCAAUCAAUUCACUCCUUUGUUGCUCACACUGAAUUGGUAAUGUCACAUUUACAACUACAUCCCACAUUAAUGUCGUAGACAAGCUUUAACGUGGGAUGUAUAUGUCUCUGGCUAACAUUUGUUGUUUUUAGAAAAAAAAUAGAUAGGAAUCAGUGGGUAUCUACACACAGGUAGGUUUCUAGUUUUGUAUGUUUACUGGAACUUUGCUUUUCCAGUCCUUCAAUGUCAAGUUUCCACCCUGCUAUUUAAUUGCAGAAAUCCCUCCUUAAGUCAUUAUAUAUCAUUGGUUAAAUGUAAGGUCUUAUCAGUUAAAGGUAUUGUCCGCUUGAGGACAUGAUUAUUAUCAAAUCAAUCUUCCUAGCAUUUCUCGUUACUCUGAUUUGAGGGCCUGCUUAAAGAAAACAUCAAAAUCGGUGUGAUAAGAUAUUAGUUAUUGGUGAAUUGGCCACACUGCUUAAUUUGUGACACUAAGAUCAAUACAUUUUUUAAAAGACCCUUUGUAAGUUAAGCUCAAUGGUGUUAAACCUGGGACAUAAAAGAAUUACAAAUAUUUCUCCCACAGAUGAGACAGUUCACCUGGACACACUGGUCACUGAUUAAUGUGUUGUUAAUUUCUUGAAGCGGCUGACUGAGAUAGACUGUCCCAGAUUAAUAACAUUUGUUAAUAAUACUAGUUGCACUUCUCUCACAGAGGCCUGAAGUUUUGAUACUGUCAUCUAUUCCCAAAGAUUUAAUUUGGAGUAACUGAUAAAAAUUCCCCAUCGUUUUCAAGGGCAUAUGUGCUCACUCUUGAGUACAUGUUGCAAAUAUGUAAAUUUUCUACCAAAUCUGCAGUGUUUGCAUUAUUAAAUCCUUUCAGUCACAUGAAACAUUACAUUUUGUGUUUUAAUAUUGAGGGGUGAUCAAAGCAUCUUUCAAGUAGGAUCACUUUGAAACCAUUGAGUAAAAACAUUUUAUUAUCGUUUGUUUUAGGAGUGUAUGUCAUGUCAUAAACCUCAUCUUUUUUGCCUUUGUAAACCUUGUUGCCAUUCUCUUAUGUAUUGCUGUGCAUAAUGAUUAAAUA